GUAUGGAAAAUUACCAUGGAAACGUUUGUUUGAACCAUCGAUAAAACUGAGUAGAGAUGGAUUUCCUGUUGGUCCAGAGCUUGGAAUGAAAUUAAGGACAUAUAAAGAUCUUUUAGAAAAUGACACUGCUUUAUCAGCAAUUUACGCCCCCUCGGGUAAAAUCUUGAAGGAGGGUGAAAUAGUAUAUCGUCGUAACUUUUCAAGAACUUUAGAACUUAUCUCUAGAAAUCAUACUGAAUUUUAUGAGGCUUCAAAAGCAUUGAUCAAUGAAAUAAAUAGACGAGGUGGUAGAAUGUCAUAUGAAGAUUUUAAAACUUAUAAAUCUAUUAUACGUGAACCCGCAAUUGGCUAUCAUAAUGGAAGAAAGAUCUUUACAACACCAGAACCAACAA